AUGGCAACUCCCAGGCCCUCACCUGCGGAGCGCGCGCCCAUUGGCCAGAACGCGCGGCCGGAGGAGCCCUGCGAGGAGCGAGCGGAGCCGACGGGGCGGCCGGAGCGCCGGGAGCCCCGUGGGAGCAGUGCCUGCUCCUGUCUCGCCUGUCCCGUGCUCCCUGUGCGCUCUCACUCGUCCCUUCCUGUCCCCUCAGGGUGUGUGACAGCAGCGCAGGUCACCUCGGAGACCAGAGAAGUGCCUGAAAACCAGUCCGCCGACAUCCCCUGCUCGGCGUGCUGCUCCCAGCGCGGCACCCCGCGCAUCGAGUGGAAGUUCCAGAAGGGCUCCUCGCUCGUGCUGCUCUACUACGACGGGCAGCUCACAGAGCCCUACCGGGAGCGCGUGCAGUUCUCGCCCAGCGCCAUCCGCUUCGGCGCGGUGACGCGCGCCGACACGGGCAAGUACAUCUGCGAGGUGGUGGAGAGCAGCAGCCAGAUCGCCAAGUCGGAGGUGAACCUCAUCGUGCAAGUGCCGCCCUCCAAGCCGGUGGCCCACGUGCCCACGUCGGCCACCAUCGGCAGCAAGGCGGUGCUGCGCUGCUCCGAGGCGGACGGCUCGCCGCCGCCCACCUUCCGCUGGUACAAGAACGGCAUGUUGAUGCCCGCCGACCCCAAGAGCAGCCCGACCUUCCGCAACUCCUCCUACACGCUGGACGCCGCCACGGGGGUGCUGACCUUCGAGCCCGUGAGCAGCUUCGACACCGGCGACUACUACUGCGAAGCAUCGAAUAACGUGGGCUCCCCGCAGAAAUCCGAGGCUAUCCGCAUGGAAGCCAGCGAGGUCAACGUGGGCGGCAUCGUGGCCGCCGUCGUGGUGCUGCUCAUGGUGCUGGCGCUCGCGGCCUUCGGCGUCUGGUUCGCCUACACGCGCGGCUUCUUCAGCAAGAGGAGAGACACCACCGGCAAGAAGGUCAUUUACAGCCAGCCCUCGCACCGCAGUGAGGGAGAGUUCAAACAGACGUCGUCCUUCCUCGUGUGAAGACUGCGGCUCCUCCAGACGGAGGACUCUUGUAAAUGUGCUGAAUUACUGUAGCUAAGCCAUGAUUUUCAAGUUUUUUAAGUGUCACGCGGUGCCUUUUCGGAGCCCCUGGAUUUUUCAGAGCAGGCUCCCUUCCUCCCCGGCACCCCCGUGUCUCAGUCCCUUUCCCAGCGGGACCCCUGUCCCGGCUGGGACGCAGAGGGGUCGGUGCUGCYCCUUGGUCCCCAGCAGCCCCCGUGGGGACCCUGUCCUUGC